UAUCUCAAUACCAUAGAUUUCCUUCAACGUGAGAUGUGGUACCCCGCCGAUAGGGGUGAUUACAAGUGGACGGCUCAAAUAGAGUACAAAUUUCUCACAAGGCUAUUGAAGAUGGUCGAUUGCGGACAGUGGGAUGGCAAUCCCGAACAUCUGCAAGAUGGUCGACAACGCAGACUUUGUGAAGGUAUGAACUGUGAAUUUGAUAUACAUCACCAGCUUAAUUUUUACCAGGCUAAGAUAAACCAGUUGAGGGACCGAUUUUUCAAAUUUGGAAACCUCCUUGAGGAUCCCAGUGUGAAAUGGGAUCCCAUGCAUAACACAAUGGAAAUCAGCGUCGAACAGUUGCAGGCGUAUAGUGCGGCUGAUAGAGGCUAUCUUGCGUACCAGUGGCACGGAGAACCGAUGUUUUUCUUGCUCCGUGGAAUUUUUUAUAUUGAAGAGGAUGAUUAAAUUAUUUUAGAAUUGUUGGUAGGAUUGGA